UCGAGAAAAAACAUUGGACAUUUUUUGCAUCUCUCUCUCUCUCAGAUAUUUGUUUCAGUCUGUAGCAGAAAAGUGAUGCAAACUCACCGGCAGCCCCUCCAUCUCCCCUCCGCCUCCUUCCCCUUUCCCGCGCUUUCCCCAUUACCAUUCCCCCAUUCUCUCUAUUUUCCCUACGCACCCAAUAAGUAUAAUCACAAUAAUAAUAAUAAUAAAUUUAUUAAUAGUCAGUAUUCGCUCUGUUGCUCUGCCCACAAAUCAUCGCCGUGGCUGGCCUACGACGGAGGUGGGACCCAUAGAUCUCCCUCCGUCAAUUUCCUCUCUUCUUGCCACCGAUGACUCGGGAGCUCUCCAAACCGCCGCCAGCGUCCUUCUCGCCGGCGCCUUCGCUCUCUUUCUCUUCCGCUCCCUCCGCCGCCGGGCCAAGCGUGCCAAGCAAUUGGUCAAACUGCCUUGGAGUUGCGAAUCCGUCAUUGACACGGUUUUUGAAAGAUGGGUCUAAGGCCACUCUACAGAGAUAUAGGUCAAUGGGGGCAAACGGGAAUUUGAAAAUGACAUCAAAGCCAUUGGGUAAAAAAACAAAGGCCCCACCCUCACCUGAUGAGGUACUUCUUGGAGCAGUAAUAGCUGCUGUGUUUGGAGUGCUUCUUUACAAGUUCACCACAACUAUCGAGUUCAGUCUCAAUAGCCAAAAGCUUUCAAAUAACUACUCGGUCCGCCAGAUCACGAUAACCAUAAGGACAAUCAUACACGGUUUGUGCUAUCUUGCUACAUUUGUGUUCGGCUUCAACUCUGUUGGUUUAUUCCUAUACUCGGGUCAGCUUGCCCUCAACAGUACCCUUGUUGAAGAAGGUCCUAAUGGUGAAGUUAAUGUGCCGCUAAAUACAUCAAGCACGAAAGACGUGGACAAUUCUGAAACGACCAAAGCAGGUGAGGAGCAAACUUUGGAUAAAACAGUAAAACAUAAAAAUGAAGAAUACAAGUGAACACAGGGAGAUUGUGAUUGUGAUGUCUUCUUGAAUCUUGAUUAUACUGUAUAUACUAAAAAUGAGACCUUUCACACUUCCAUAGAUAAAGUGUACUUAUAAGGAGUACAAUUUCAUAGAUGAAGAUAGAAAGAAAGAGAGUACACAUUGACACUGUAUUACAAUAUAAAUCCCAUGCAUGUGAAAUUAUAAUUGAUCUUUGUUCAAGUGGCACUAUGAAAAGAGGCCCAAAAGUGAAAAAGUUCACAUAAUGAUUUCG